CAUAAUUACAUACUGUACUGCCCUCUCCUCCCAUUCCCUCUCAUGGCUGAAAAAGACCCAGGAGCCCGUCUUCGUCGAGCAGUCAAAGAGAACAACCUGUUUCUAGUGAAGCGUCUUGUACAACGAACGGACCAGCGGAAUCCUGACCCCACCAACCGCCGUUAUACCUCACUUUGUUGGGCAGCAGUGCUAGGGCACGAAGAGACCUUUGAGUUCCUUCUCCAGAACGGGCACGAUCACGAUGAAUGUAGUCGAGACUCGGAGAACAACACCAUUCUCAUGCUUUUAGCUGAUCAGAAAUCCUCCCUUUCCAGUCCUUAUGCAAUUUCAGGAUCGACAAACGGUGAUGCUAUGAGGGCUGCUUUGCGUAUGGCUCGGUUGUAUUACGAUCAUUAUCCGAAAACCAUUCACUGGGCAAACAUUCAUGGAAGGACUGCACUGCAUGUGGCUGCCUUGAAAGGAAAUGAAGAACUUGUUAGGAUGCUAUGUGAUCUCGGAGCUGAACUCAAUAUGAGCGAUAACCAGGGGAAUACUCCGUUGCACUAUGCCAGCGCUUGGGGACAUCUAACUGUUGUUCAGCUGCUAAUCGACAGAGGGUGCCAGUAUGCUGCUAAGAAUGAAGAAGGUUUCACGCCAUCGGAUUAUGCGUACUCUGUUAGCACACGAGACUCAUUACAAGAUGCCGCACGAAUACAGUAUGAAAAUAAUAAAAAAUCUCGACGCGCAAUAUACCAGGGUACAUCACGCGGAACUGACCUCAACGGUCUACCCCCUGCACCUAGUACUAGCCCUUCCAAGAUACGAGAUAUUCGUUUACCCGCCUCUCGAAAUCGCAGUGGCUCGGGCACUAGUCGUACGACGAAUACCUCCGAAAGCGACGAAAGCCUCGUGCUGGUUCCAACCCCACGUUCCCAGAGCUCGAUAUCGACGUCGUCUUCACCAUCUCACAAUUCCCACUUCCAUUCUUCUUACGGUCGAAGCUAUUCAUCGUCAUCAACUUCAAACUUCCCUGGUGCUCUCAAUCCGCCCGCACACCCGACAUCAGCGCUUUCUCAACUAGCUUCCCGUGUGAGGGAACGCGACGCCGAUGCCAUGGAAAAGUAUAUGCGUAGGAAUCGGAGUGAAAGUUCUUCAACAGAUAACAAAUCAGCCAAUGGUUCCUUCGUUUCCGUUCCUUCUGCAAAUGGGGACGUUGUAUCAUCUCUCGCUAUCGUUCCGACCAGCGGUUCGUCGACGCCUAGACGGCUUCGGUCGUCAAUAUCAGCCUCACAGUUACGUUCCCAAGCCGAGUUACCCGAAAGCCGAAGUCGGUCUGGUACCAACCCCACCUCAUCUCGCCCUCAUCUAAUUCCGCACCACCAGACACUUGCCCGUUCCCCUUCUUCAUCCAUUUCGUUACGGUCCAAGCAUUCUUUCGAUUACGAGGGGCCUGGGAGUUAUACAGGCCCACCCAGUCAAUAUGCUCAGUUUCCAGAACCUCCAUUACCUUCGGAAGACAUCAACACUCCUACUGUUGGACGCAGAAUGGCUUUUGGUCCUAUAUCGAAGCCCAGUUUGGAUAUGCUGACACCUGGAAGCGCCAGCCAUCGCCGAGGGCUAUCUGCAGCCUCGUUUCGUGCAUGAUGUUGAUAGUCUCACGAAGACAAUCCGCUCAACUUCCUCUGUUGUAAUCCGCCGUUCGUGGUUUUCAGUGUAUCCAUUUUCCCAAGUGUAUAACUAUUGUUUCACUGGCACAACAGCAUAAUAUUUCGGACAUUCUUACUACAACUUGUAUUAUCAUUUAUUUAUCUGAUAAACUGUACAAGAUUUUUCAUUGUCGACUACUACAUAUAUACAUAGUUCAGAAUAAAUGAUUCUCUGGGCAAUGGCAUUCUG